UGCAGCUUUGUUGCUUUAGAGCACUUCAGCAGGAUCAGCCUCCUGUAGUUGUUCUAGGUGUGGUUGUCCUACUUUAACAGAGUAAAAACGAAAGUAUUGCAAACAACAGGAUGGCGUCAGCAUACCAAGACUCAGGAGAGGAGAGCGGCCCCUCUGAGAGCGAGUCUGACCAGAGUCAUGAGUCGAGUAGUGACGCAAACUCAGACGAGGACUCGGGCAGUCAGACGAGUGGGAGAGAGCCGUGCAAGUACUACAACAGCGGUUCCUGCCGGGACGGUAACAGGUGCCGUUAUUUACACGUCUGCAAGUACGCACUUAGAGGGAACUGUCGCUUCGGGGCCAGCUGUAAACUGAACCACCAAAGAGAAGGGAGGCCAUCGUCUGGAGCAGGAAACAGAGCUCCAAACCAAUCAACAGCUCCAGCGGCGAAGCUCACUGACGGUCGAUUCUACCAGUGGCAGCUGAACGCCGGAAACAACUGGCUGGAUAUCGAUAAUGAUUACGUUAUCGAGGCCCAGUACUCGCUGCCCCACACCAAAAGCAUUAAAAUCUACAACACCCCCUAUGGGGCGGUGAGUAUCGACUUUAAAAGGCUGAAAGUGUACGGAAAGAGUCUGAGAGUGAGACGAUUGGAUGAUGGGAACACUGAGUGGAACUGGUACUGCACCUUGCGUCGUAAGUGGAUCAAGUAUGGAGACAAGGAUUCAAAGGGGAACGUCGGUCCUGUGAAGAGCGCCGACAUAGAGAGGAAGUUCCAGACUAACCCAAGGGGCUCUCACUCCUUCAGCGUCGGAGCUGAGACGCUUGAGAUCAGAUUCAAAGAUAUGCGACAGGUGAGUCAAAAGGGGAAGAGGAGAGUUACACGCCGGCCAGUGUUUCGACAGCAGGCAGCAGCAGCAGGAGUGCUGAGAGCGACCCCCGCUCUGCAGACUUUCUCUCUGGGCACCACACCUCAGUGGCAGUUUAAGGGAGACAAAGGAAACUGGCACAUUUUCAAACACCGGCGGGCCACGUCAACGGAGUGCUCAGUCUCCAGCGAGGACAUCGAGAGGAAGUACCAGCAGAACCCCAACGACAGCAUGACCUUCCAAGUGAGCGGACACACCUACAAGCUGGACUUCAAAGCGAUGACCCAAACAAACGUCACGACCAACAAAUCCCGCCGGGUCCAACGUGUGAUGGUUUGAGCGUCACGAAGGAUUUGAAGAAGAAGAAAGUGUUCGUCCACUGUGGAACACUGAAUCACAUUUAUCCAGGGUGCUGUUUUUUUGGACUCCAUUACUCUUUUUAUAGGAAACAUGAUUCUCUGUUUACAUUAGAGAGAUAUUUAGUAAAAGUUGAAUUUAUAAAGAGUUGUUUUAAUUACUGAGCUGCCAAAGCCUUGAAGUUAAGCCAUACCUUAAAACUGCCUCGCAAACUGUGAAUGCGCUCUAGAAACAAUCACUUCCAGCUUCAUGUCUUCACAGAGGGAUCAGU